CCCCGUCGCCAGCCGAGCCACCCAGCAACGGCUCGCCGCUUGCGUCCGUCGCCGCCCACCGCCGCAAGGGGUUGCUGAUCCCGGCGGGCGUGCGGGAGGGAGCGGGAUGAUCGAUGGGGGAGAGGCCGCCCACCGAUCCGCGGCGCUUUGGGUUCAUAAAAGCGAAAUGUUUUUGCUUCACUGACGGGAGCAGGAUGCGAUUUCAGCAAGAGAGUCAAAGGAGGAGCAUAUCCCAGACUCGGUGGAUACAGUUUCAGUGUGUGAACUGAUUCCUGUUGUGAGCGAGAUGGGAGGACACGUUGGUGUUGGGGCAGUUACUGAGUCGAGUACUUUGGCGGGAGCGCCUCGAAUACGCUCUGUGCUGUAAACUGUUAACAUUGCAGAGACCUUUUCUCUAAAAUUGUCGCUUAUGGCCUGCCUGUGCUUUUGAGCCUUUCUGUUCUUAUGAGGUUAGCCGUUAUCUGCUCCGAAGAGCAACUUCGACUACUUGUCUCAUUGAUUACUGUAACCAGGGCCAAGUUAUUGUUGAAGGUUGCUAGCCCAGAUUAGAAAUUAGUUUUACAUUGGGUUUUGUUGCAAAUAUUAGGUAGAUUUUUUGGCGGGAACUCUUGCGACUAAGGUAGGGUAACGGUUGGUUUCAUGUGGCUUGCCGAUGAAACCAAGGGGCUGAAAUAUGUAGGGACAAAUCCGACACUAGGACUGUAUUGCCUUAUUGAGAUUGGUUUGAUCCAUCAUCCAUGUUUGCUACUUUAAAUAUGACAUGAAAACCAUUCAGGGAUAAGUACAAGGAGUGCUGGCUUGCAGUUGGAUAAUAGAGGGGGGAAACGGAUAGCAUUACAAACCAAGGAUCUGAAAACCAGAUUAUUAUACCUGUAGACUAGUAUGGUUGGUAACCAGUUGUAACGCGAAGUUACCCAUAUUGUUUGGCUCUAUUCUGGUAGCAAUUUUAACUUCUUUUGUUCUUACACAAUAUCUCCUCAAAUUGUUAUCUUUGUUUAGUACUUCACUAACAUUAACGCCAAGGAUCAAAACUGGUAUCUCACCUUGUACCGAGUCACCACCGUUCUUUCCAUUCCCUGUUACAAACAGAAUAUACUCCGUAACAGCUAACAACAGUUGGGGCAAGUGAACACAGAGCUUUUGUCGAAGAAUGGAAGAAGUGUUUUACCUUUUUAUUUGUUUGAACGAAGAGGUUUUUUACUUGGAUGACACGUCGAAUGUAGGCUCAUCGACUGGAUGGACAGAUGAGAAGCACAUGCUCUACAUUACCUCAUUGGAAGAAUCAUUUGUUAAUCAAUUAUACAGUGGUAAUGGGGAAUUCAAUUCGGUAGAGUCGUUCUAUCAGACUCCAGGUGCAUGGCAAAAAACUUCUUAUGGUGGAAAUGGUAGAAACUCAAAAUAUGAUCAGGGCCAAGGGUAUUGGGGGAUGGUCGAGGUUGAUGAAGCUGAAUCGAGAUUAUCAGAGGUUGGGUAUAUCGGUUCAUCUUCUUAUUCUAGGGGUUCACCCUAUUAUAUGGAUGAUGCGUCAAGUAAUGGUCCAAGGCAAGAGAAAACUAGUUACCAUGCAAGACAAAGGACUUCUGGAAGGUCUGCUGCUUUCAAUUUGCACCAGCAUGAUGGGCAUUCCUUUUCUUGGAGAACAGAGUCAUCAGACCAGAACUUCUUUGACGGGGAGGCUGAAGGUCGCAGGGAACAAGGCAGAGGGUCUAGCGAAAACCAGCAAAAACAUGCUGGUAGAACCGAGGCCGGCCCAUCUGGAGGCAUAGGUUUACAUUAGCAGGUCUUUCAUGGUUCGGGAGACCCUGUCGUGGGAAGCUUAGGGAUUAAUGGGACCGUCCAUGUAAGCUAGCUGCAAGUCUGUAAGAAAAAAACUAGUGGUGCCGUUUGUUGUGCAUAUACAAGUCUGCUCAUCUCUAGAUAGUGAAAAUGAUAAGGUAGUUUCUUGUAUUACAUCUGGUACAAAGAAAGCUGUAGUUUUUUAACUGCUUCCCGCAAGACCACCCAGGAUUGGCUGGAAGCCAGGAAGUUUUUCAGAGAUUUAACUGGAGCAGCUAGCUGGGUGCUGUUCUUUGACUGCUGUACUCCAUGGUGUAAAGAUGUUCGCCAAAGUUCCUGAACAAAUGAGUUUAUAAUAGUGAUAUUGAGUUGUGUUGUGCUGCGGAA